UAGGAAAAUAUCAUUUCCAGUUUGAUGGAGUUGAAGUACUAACAGAAAAAGGAUGCUUUUUACAGCUGUGUUAGCUUUAUUUCAAUGAUUGGUUCACUUCUGUUAAUAUGUAGUAGGUUAUCAGUAUUUAACUGUGUUCUGAAAAUGUGAUUGGCUCCUGCCAGGAAAAUGCUUUCUAAAAUGAUAACUAUCAUUCAAUCUUCCUGUUAAUCUCGACACCAUCUAUAGCUCUCAAAACUCUAUAUGUUUUUUUGUUUUUUUUUUUAAAUAAUUUAAAUUUAUCCCCCCUCCUUUGACAACAUCUACUAGAAAACAGCAGUAACAACACCAAAAUAAAACAACAAAAAUAACACUGCAAAAAGAAGGAACAAUAACUUAUGAAUUCAACCGAAGAACUGCCCUCUGUAUCAAUAGAAUGUCUGCAGCAUUUAAAUCUUCAUCCAAAGAAAUCAUGGUUGGGUAAGCUUCCUGCUGAUAUCUUCUUUGUUGAUUCUCCAGAUAUGAACAGCCAACUUUUAAAUGGCAUACCAACUUUGAAUUCUGGAUCUUCUAUUCAGUCAGUUGCAUCAAACUUGCCAGCAGUCAAUGUCAGUCAAUUUUGUGCAAUUUGUGGAGACCGAGCUACUGGAAAACAUUAUGGCGCUUCCAGCUGCGAUGGCUGUAAAGGAUUUUUUAGACGAAGUGUGAGAAAAAAUCAUGUGUAUACAUGUCGCUUUGCUCGAAACUGUGUUGUGGAUAAGGAUAAACGAAACCAAUGUCGCUACUGUCGACUGAGGAAAUGUUUUCGAGCUGGAAUGAGGAAAGAAGCGGUACAGAAUGAGAGAGAUCGCAUCAGCAUUCGGCGAACAAGUUAUGAAGACCUGGGCACCAGCUCAUCUUUAUCAAUUUCUUCACUUUUAAAUGCUGAGUUAAUGUCAAGAGAAGUAAUAAGUCAACCAAACACAGAUAACUUAGCAACAAAAAAGAUCGCUACACCAAAUGAUGUCUGCGAGUCCAUGAAACAGCAACUCCUGGUUUUAGUUGAAUGGGCAAAAUACAUUCCAUGUUUUGGAGAACUACAACUAGAUGAUCAGGUAGCUUUAUUACGGGCUCAUGCAGGAGAACACCUUCUGUUAGGUGUUGCCAGACGUUCGUUACAACUGAAAGAUGUAUUACUUCUAGGAAAUGAUUCUGUGAUUUCUCGACAUGUAGCAAAUACUGAAAUGUCACAUAUUUGUGGCAGAGUGAUUGAUGAAAUUGUAAAGCCUUUGCAAGAAGUAGAGAUUGAUGACUCGGAAUUUGCAUGUCUUAAAGGAAUCAUAUUCUUUGAUCCAGGUGCCAGAGGUUUAAUUGACAGCCACCGAAUAAAAACGUAUCGAUGCCAAGCUCAAGUGAAUCUUGAAGAUUAUAUCAAUGACAGACAAUAUGAAUGCCGUGGUCGAUUUGGAGAAAUUUUGCUUAUUUUACCUGUUUUACAGAGCAUAACUUGGCAGAUGAUAGAACAAAUUCAGAUGGCCAAAAUAUUUGGGGUAGCUAAAAUAGACAAUCUUCUUCAAGAAAUGUUACUUGGAGGAGCAAAUAGUGAAAUUGGACAUUCCUCAGCAGCGGUUUCAGCAGUUAGUCUUCAACCUCAUUUAUUAUCAAAUCCCAGUUUUCCUGACCAGCUUGGAAAUCAAGCUGUGGAGAACAUAAUUAAUGGUCAGAAUGGUGAUUCCCAAAUAAUUCUUCAAGACACAGUUGGCAGCAGCAAUUCACUUGACACUUCUCCUUUUAGCCAAUCACCUCUGACCUGCAGUAGUCCUCUGUCUAAUGACUGUUCAAUCACAGUUAAUAUACAUGACCAGCAUCCUCAUCAAACACUCACGGAUCCUCAUGAUACUUCAAUGACACCUUCCAGUAUGCAGGUUGAGUCCCCGUUCAAAUUAGGGAACUUGACCAAUCAUAAUCAGACCCCUUCUCAUUUUAAGCAAGAAGUUGGUGUUUGAAUGAAUACCAACCCCUUUGUUAUUGACUCUGUUGUACAUGCACACAUGGCGAAUACAAGUCUGAAAUCAGACAGUCAGAAUCCAGUGAAUAAAUCCCCUCAGUUAUCUAAAAACACAAAUAUAUUUUUAACAUUAUCAUACACACAUGCACAUAUACACACAUUUAUAUUGUGGAUACCAGAAUUGAAUGGGUAAUUGAAUAAUGUAGAUACUUCUGUUAAAUUGACUGUCUUUUCUGAAAUGUCAAAUAUAAAUUUGACAAACUUUGAAGGAUAUGCUAAAAUUCAACAACAUUGCAUAGCUUUCUGCAGAUGCCACAGUAACAUAAUAAUAUGCAUUUGCAUUCUGUUAAUGAACUUAGCUGAAAUCCAUGCUAAAUUUUGUUGUGUCACAAAAAUAUAAAAAUAUAUUUUUUUUUAAUUGGAGGUAAAGGGAGUAAAAAAA